UAUGGAUUACUUCAGUUAUCCUAAAGCAGUUGAUGUCGAAGUUUUGUAUACUAAACAACUCGAAUAUCCAGUUAUUACACUCUGCAAUCAAAACGUCUACAGAGCAUCAGCAACUGUAGAAACGGGCGUCUUCGACGCUUUUGAAUCAUAUUUUACUAAAACUACACAAAACAAAGGCAAAGAGAGCUUUUGCUCUUUCGAUUUAGACUUUUGCAACUUUCAUCAAGUCAAAUUUGACGAUAUCGACUGGCAGAGAAGAAAACUUGGCAAUAUUCAAACUCUUUCCGGACCGGACAACGAUCAUACAACCGGAUCCGGAUAUUUUCUCUUUUUGGAGGGGGGCAAAGAGCAAAUGGGACGUUUAAUUUCGUCUUGGCAUUCGGCGAAAACUUGGAAGACGAGCUGCGUUACUUUCUAUUAUUUCAUGUAUGGAUCAUCGGUUAAUAAAUUACAGUUUUACGUUGUUGACCCUGACAACUAUAGCUAUAAACUUUGGGAAAAAUCCGGAUGUCAAGGAAACAGAUGGCGAAAAGCGAGUGUCAGUGUAAACCUUGAAUUGUUCCAAAUUCGGUUCGAUGGCUACACCGGAAGAGCAGAUCGCCACGUUAUUGCUGUCGAUGACGUGUCUAUCAAGCAAUGCCAUAGAGAGUCGCAAGAUUGCAGAAAUGAUAAAACGGGAGAUUUAUACAGAGGAAAUCAAUCAUUUAGUAUAAAUAAUAGACGUUGUUUAUACUGGAAUGAUGUUCAUUCUGUCGAGUUGUUGUUCUUUGAGGACGAAACAAUUCGGCAGACUAAAAACUUUUGUAGGAAUCCUGGAGGUAGAAAAUCCGAACCUUGGUGUUUCGUACAACGAAACCCUCUUCUUUGGGAAUAUUGUAAUAUUCCUUUAUGCGAAAGCAUCGAUUCAACAAAUAAGACGAUUUCAAAAGUCGGCGCUAAAAAGGGCGCUGACUACGAAGUAUCGAUCAGCUGCGCAUUUGAAAAUUCAUUUAUUUGCGGUUACACGAUUGCUUCCGAUUCUGAAUCUUUCAUCUUUAAAUUGGAAAAUGGACGAUAUCUACAACUGCAUUUUGGCCCUGGAAUGGAUAGUACUUACUAUAGUCCUCUCAAAGGGAAUUAUCUCUACGUUGACAGUCAACUGGCCGUUGAAAAUUCCAAAUCGUGGAUUACUUCUCCUCAAAUUUUCCUUCGUCAAUUAUCGUGUUUGUCGUUCGUUUGUUCUAAGAAAGGACUAAACUCCCUCGACGUGUAUCUUCUUAAAGAGGGAAAUCUUCGAAUUCCCCUCUACGAAGUUGACGAGUCGACUGUUGGUUGGAGUGAAAAGACUGUUGCAAUUCGUUAUUGGCCAAAAAUUUCAUUCGGGUUGACGAGCAUAGUCUUUGAAGCUGUUCACAAAUUUGGAUACGACAACUCUUUGGCAAUUGAUGAUGUGAAAUUCAACGAAGGUUACUGUUCAAUUGCAGAAUGCGAAAGUGGGAAAUAUCAAUGCCAAAAUGGAAAAUGCAUUAGCAAUGAGCAAAUAUGCGAUGGAAUAAACGAUUGUUUCGAUAAUAGCGACGAAGAGAUUCCGUGUUUGUUCUUCUUGGGAACCUACAGCUACGGUCCAAGAUUUAUUUCUGCAGCCAAGAUUCGAUCUCCUAUUGUUGAGACAAAUGAACGAACGUGUGCCAAAUUCUAUAGUUUGUUUAAUUCUUCUCUUCCCGCUGUGCUUAAAAUUUCAGCACAUCUUGAAAGCAGAGAAUCACAACUGUUAGCGACGAUUUCGAAUCUACCUAAUCAGCAAAUAAUGGAGAAUAUAAUUCCUCUACCACCGAAUAAAAAAUUGUCGGUAUGGUUCGAAUCUUUUAUGGAUACUUUUGGACAUGAGGUUUACAUUGGGAAAAUAUCACUUGAUCGAAAUUGCUCUACCUACGAAACUGAAAUUAAUGUUAAUUGUACGUUUGAAUCGGAAAUCAUUUGCGGCUAUAUUAUUGAAUAUGAAAAACACGGAUACUCUUGGACAAGGAUUAAAAAGAGCACUUCAGUCAAUAAUGGUCCAAAAAUGGAUCAUACCCUCCAAAACACUAAUGGAUUCAGUAUGGUGACUCGAGGUUUGGUGGGAACAGAGGGCGAUAUUGCCAGAAUGUCUUCUCCACUAUUUGUUCCAAAGUCUAAAUUCGCAUGUCUUUCAUAUUACUAUCAUAUGUUUGGGAAUAAACUUAUACGUCGGGCAUUUCAACAUGAGUUUAACCAAGGCGAUGUAUGGCUCCACAACGAAAUUCUUAUUCGUAAUCAACAAAAUGUAGAAAUGAAAGUGAUCUUUGAAAGUAUUCGCGGUUUUGAUAGAAGUAAUAAAAUGGCAUUGGAUGAUAUUUCUUUCUAUAAUGGAUUUUGUCAAACUCUUCAAGGUUUCCUCCAAUCCUUUUUUCAUUCUUACACAACAAAAUCACUUUAUAUUCAUGCAGCUCAAUGCCUCAAUUCGAGCUUUCAAUGCCAAAAUGGCCAAUGUAUUGACAAGAGUCUGGUUUGCAACGGAGAAAGCGAAUGUUUCGACGGAAGUGACGAAAGCAAUUGUUCCGAUUGCCUACAUGACAUUCAAGGCAGAUUCUACACAGGAAAACUUUCAACAACCGAAUCUGGAAAGAGAUGCAUGAGUUGGAAAGAGGCUGUUGGCGAAACGCAAACCACCAUCUCAGUAGAGACGGGAGAGACGAGUUUGACAGAAAUGAAAAACUAUUGCAGAAACGUUAACGGAAAGAAAUCUCCUUGGUGUUACGUAUCAAAAGAAAGAUGGGAAUUCUGCAGCAUUUCCAAUUGCGAAUGCCGAGAAAAUCAAUACAGAUGCAACAAUUCGGCUUGUAUUUCUUCAAAACAAAGAUGCAAUGGAAUAUCGGAGUGUCCUCAUAAAGACGACGAAGAAUCGUGCAAUUCAACGAUAUCAUGCGACUUUGACGAUCCUUUUAUGUGUGGAUAUUCAAUAAUACCAUCCGAUAAUGGUUAUAGAUGGUUUAGAUUUAAUUUUAAAACGCCAUCGGUAAACACGGGACCACACGCCGAUCACACAACAAUCAAUAAAACAGAAAGAGGUUUUUACAUGUACGUCGAAUCAACGCAGGAAGGAACAUUUUUGAAAGGAGGGGAUGAAACAUAUCUACUAAGUCCUCUCUCUCAUAUUUACGGAAAUUUUUGUCUCAAAUUCUUUCAUCAUUUAAAAGGCAGAGAUAUAAAUAUAUUGAGAGUAUACAGAAAGAUUGGAGACAUAUAUUCUCCAUUAGGAAAACUAGAAGGUCAAUCACAGAAAUAUAUUUGGAAAUCAUCGGAAUAUACAGUCAAUAAAAUCACUCAUCAGAUAGUAUUUCAUUAUAUUAGAGGAGUUGAUUUCAGAAAUGACCCUGGUAUUGAUGAUGUUCUCCUAUAUCCUGGAAAUUCUCAUCGAACUUGUUCACAUUUUGAAUUUACUUGUUCCAAUGGCCACUGCAUCAACAACACUUACACUUGCGAUGGAUACGACAACUGUGGCGACUUUUCAGAUGAACUAGUCUGCGAAACGGAAUGCAAGAGAUCUUUGCAAGAACAAUGGUAUAUAGGGACGAGAAAUGUUUCGCAAACUGGCAAAAAGUGUCUCUACUGGAGGAACAUGUCAAACUCUUUCAAGAUUCCCUAUCGUUUCCCGGAUGAAAGUCUGCAAAGUGCGGAGAAUUAUUGCAGAAAUCCAACGAAUAGAACGUUUGGUCCUUGGUGUUACGUUGAUAAAGAGAGUGAAAUGUGGGAAUACUGCAAUAUCCCUAAAUGUUCAGUUUUCCAAAGUUGUCAGUCGAACGAAUUUCAAUGCGCGAAUGGAAUGUGCAUUGAUAAAAAACACUUGUGCGACGGAGUAAACGACUGCAACGAUAGAUCGGACGAAAUGGAGAUUUGUGGAUCGGCGUACAACAUCUCGUGUGAUUUCAGUGAUCGUUAUAUGUGUGGCUACACAGACGAUAGUCCUAAUUGGAACUACAGAUUUCAAAGGAAAGGUUCUUUUGAUGGUUCAGUGCAAUCAGUAAUUCGGCUUUUAACUACAAAAUGGGACGAGUGUUUUCAUGAGGAUACGGCUGGAAUUGAUUAUGAAGGAAAUGUUCAGAUUCGAAGUGAUGGAAUCACUUGUCAGAAAUGGAAUGUGCAAUUUCCUACUGCGCACGCUUUUUAUAUGAAUGAGUUUUUCCCUGAAAAAAGUGUAGCCAAAGCUGAAAAUUAUUGCAGAAAUCCAGCUGUCUAUGUUCCUGGAAAGAAGUAUUCUCUUGCUCCACAUUGCUUGUCGUCCGAUCCAGAGAUUUCCUAUUAUAGAUAUUGCUCUAUUCCAUUAUGCAAAAAUACAUUUAUAAAGACAAAACCAUCGACUGAACAAGGCCAAAUAGCCAAAUUCAACAGUCCUAAAAGUCAAGGCUUUGGAGACUCAUGUAUCCAAUUCGCUUACAUGUUGAUUGGAGAUGACGCCGGAUCUCUAAAAUUAAUGUUGAAUACUAACAGCACCACUCGUUUGUUGUGGUUUACGGAGGGUAAGAAGGCGUCAACUUGGAUUGAGGCGUCUGUUGAUUUCACAUCGAAUGACGAAUUCUAUUUGACUUUCCAAAGCGAAUCUGGAUUGAAAAGUCCAGGCGUCGCGUUGAAAUACGUGAAUAUCCGACGAGACGAUUGCGUAGGAAAAUUUUCAUGCAAAUCUGAUUCGAAAUGUAUAGAAUUAUCAAAAGUUUGCGACCAUCUUGUUGAUUGUAUUGACGAAUCUGAUGAAGUUUCGUGUAAAUGUUUGGAUGACGAAUACAAAUGUAGGAAUGGAAAAUGUGUCAGUCGUAAUAAAUUACUCGAUGGCAUAAAUGAUUGUUAUGAUAACUCGGAUGAAGAUCAUUCAAACCUCGAUAGUCUAAUUAGGGAAAAGAAAAAUUGGAAGAAUAUAAAAGUGUUUGAAAAGAACAGCAAUUUUCUAAUUAAUCAAACCAUGUUUGCGGAAAAGGAUUGGGAGCCAAAGAUAAAUGGAGCUCACUUUGUCAGAUUUCUCACUGAAAUGAGUCAUCAAAGAUCUGACUUAAUAUCAGAUUGCGAUUGGAGAGGAAGCCCGUGCAAGUACCAAAAUGUUAAAAUAUUAGAUAGAUUUACGGAUCAUGGUCAAUGCUUUUCGUUCAGUCGGAAAGGAGAUAAUGAUACUCUUCUCGUUACAGAAUCAGGUGCUCAAGCCGGACUGAGAUUGACUUUGAAUAUCGAAUCGUACGAAUACAUGAUUGGUCCUCACACCAAUAAAGGAAUUAAAGUUUACUUGCACGAUGCAAAUGAAACACCGAGAAUAAAUCAUUUAGGAUUCUCGUUAGCUCCUGGCUUUCACCAUUCUAUUGCCAUAAAGAAUACGAAGGUUUUCAAUCUGGAAAAGCCGUGGGGAAAUUGUGGAAGAAGUGAAUUAACACAUUUUGCAGACUACUCUCCGAAUAAAUGUAACAUCGAUUGUUCUAUUAAAGAUACAUUAAAUAAGUGCAACUGUUUAGCUCCGUAUAUGAAAAGUGUAGCGACCGAUAAUUUUUGUGGAUUUGACGAAUAUUUUAACUGCAUCCUUGUCGAACCGGAUGAUCUUAGCGCUCCAUUGAAUGAAUCCUGUAAAUGCCAGCAAGCGUGUUAUCAAAACAUCUUUGAGCCAGUUAUUUCGUCAUCGGCGCUUUCGGAGCUAAGUGCCGAAAAGAUAUUACGGUUUGAAAAUGAGUCUUUACGAAGAGAGUAUGAACAUGCUCUCGACGUAAGGGCUCGGUCUAGAAUUAAGGACUAUUCGGAGGAAGUUAUAAUCUUCUUCAAUUUGUCGAGUACUUUUGAGAAUCUACAGGACUUUCUUAUAAAAAAUAUUCCUUUAUUUGAACCGAAUGGAAUUUCCUCUAAAAUCAGCACAGGAACAGAAUUUAUAAUGAAUAUUGCUAAUAAAGACAUUGAAGUUUUUAACAAAUGCCUGAAUUCAACGCUAGAAGAAUUUCAAUCUAAAGUUUUAAAGAAAGUAGACAAAAUUAAAAAUGUUUUUCAACUGUUAAAAAAUCAAAUUCACUUAUUUUCCUAUUUGGAAACGAUUCACGACGUUCAUUUAAACAUCGUAAAGAACUUGUUAAAAGAGUUCAUAAGUCAAUUAGAUGAUCUUCGACCGAGUGACAAUUCUACUGCUUUUCAAACAACGAUUCGAAUAUUACCACUCUGUUUAGCUAACACAGAGAGUAUUCAGUUAUAUCUUUUAAAUUUAACCGAUAAUCUCUUAAAUAAUACAAUAAGAGCUAGUCUCUCUGAGGAUCUUUUCGACGAAGUGAAAGACUAUCUAGACUGCUUUGAAAAUAUUUCAAGAAUUAUCGUCGACUCUAGAGACGCUCUUAAUUUUGACCAAGCGUUUAAUGAAUAUUUUGACGAAAGAAAGAAUAUGUUUAACGCAAUUGGUAUAUCCAGUUUUGAUGAAAUAAUUGAACAGGAGAAAGCACUGUUUUUGGAAAUUAUCCAUUUAUAUCUUUCCGGUCAGAGCAUCAUUAAGCUCUCUCGAAAAUAUCCAACAGAUUUAUUUGAAAAAUCAAAGUUAACGGUUGAUUCGUUUUCCGGAGCCGUAAGAUAUAAAUUCACAGAAAUAUAUAAAGUUAACAUUGGACAUUUAAAAAGUGAAUUGUUAAAACGAUACUCUAAAACUAUAGAAAUCGCUAAGACCCUGAAAGAUAUUUUAGGAGAAGAUAAGAUUAGAGAAAUAAUAAAUUCCUUUUCAAUUUGGAAGAGAUAUUCAUUAUCUCUAUUAAAUAAAAAGGUCACUUUUACCAGGACCAGAGAUAACACUCCUAUUCAAACCGAAGAUUUUAAAGUUAUUGGUGAGGUGAUAAAAGAUAAUGUAGGCCUAUAUUUAACGCCUAUUACGAAUAGUCUGAACCAUUUUCAAGAGUUGGUAGACGGCUAUAUAGUGAGGUUGAAAAUGUCGUUGGACGACGUUCUGGACAUGUUUCACAGAUAUAAAAAAAAGGCCGAGUUGGGUUCGGAUUUCGUUAAGGAAAAUUUCCUCAUCGUCGACGUUUUCUUUGGCGAAUUAAGCUAUUCGAAAAUCACGCAGAGAAGGGCAUUUAACAUCGAAGAACUCUUAGGCAACGUUGGAGGUUUUAUGGGUCUUUUAUUAGGAGCCAGCGUUUUAACCGUCUUUGAGCUAUUGGAUUUGUUAAUAUAUAACAUUUUCGUAAAACUUUCAAUAUCUAAACAAGAGGAGAAGAGCGCGGAAAAUUUUCCUAAUCCAUCAAUGGAAAAGAGACAUUCUCAGAAUUAUGUCACAAAUUUCAAUAAAGAAUAUACUAAAGAUGGCGGAUUCACAUCUUUAAAUAGAUUUUAACAGUUGAAAUGAAUAAGUAUUCCAUGACUUUGCUGCUCAAAAUUAGAAUUAAAAAACACUCACUCCUUUCACCUUUCCAUCUUGCUUUGAAUUCAAUUAUGAAGAUAAAUAAGACUAUUAAAUGUAUUAUAAAGUUUCUAUACGUGACAUGUAAAAUAUAACAAUAUACUAAUAAAUUAAAUAAAGG